AUGGCUGGCAGUUGUUGUCAGUCAUUAACAAUAGUUGUUUUGUUGAUUGUGGAGUUAUGGACGUGUAUUGAGAGCAUCAGUGCGAUACCUGUGGACAGCACCGAUAAGAAAGGCCUCCAGGUGGGUGGCCAGUUGCCAGGCAGUGUGCAGGCGGUCCCUGCGCAGCAGAACCAGCAGCUCCUCCUGACUCCAGCCAGCCUCCAGCUUGCUCAGCUCCAGGCCCAGCUCACCCUCCAUCGCCUCAAACUGGCUCAGGGGGGCAACACAGCCACUGCCGCCACUGUUCUCAAUCAGGUUCUUUCCAAUGUCGCCAUGUCCCAACCCCUGUUCAAUCAGCUACGGACUUCGACUAUGGUUGGGAAUCCACAGGGUGCCUUCCCCACGGGAGUGCUAGGAUUUCCCUCUUCAAAUUCAGCCUUGGGGGCCUUAGUGGGUGCGGGAUACCACCAAAACCCAGGGAAUGUAAGACUGAACCAUCCUGGUGGAGGGGGCACAGUGGGCCAACAGGGUGCGGAGUAUGGUAAAAAGUCAGGUUCAGCUUACCCCUCUGAUACUGACAGGCGUCUUCAGUACAACUUAGUUGGAGGGACAUCUGCAGCAUCAGCCACUGCUAGUGAUGAACAUUACACAGUGAUAAACACUCAGGCAAAGAACAUGAACAAUGUUGGUUUUCAGAGAGAUUUCUAUGGGCAGGAUAUACAGGGGCAACAAGCUGGAUUUAGUGUCAAUGAGCAGAACAUAAAUGUUUAUAACUCCCCUGGGCAGAAGGAGCAAUGGAAAGGCCCCAGUAGCAUGAGUCACACUGGAAAGAUGGAUAUGGUUUCUAAUGCUGCCACUGUGUGGACAGCAGCUGGGCAGCCAAUUCGUUCCCAAACAGAACUAUAUAACCCAGAGGAGCCAACCCCUGACCCCAAGUUCAAUCACAGUAGUGGGGGUUCCUCGUUGGGUUCAAGUGGCACACAGGGAUUUGGGGGCUACCAGCCCCUGCAUGGAAGUGAGGAAACCAGAACACUUCAGCCCUAUCAAGUCAAUGAUUACCAUGCUGUCACACCCACUCAACUGCCACACCAGUGUAGCAUCUGUGACAAGAAGGUUUACAACCUCAAGGACUGGGACCAGCACGUGAAGGGGAAACUACACCUGCAGAAUCGAACAUUGUACACAAACGAAAGCUCCGCCGUGGUAUCAGCUGGAGCUGUUCACUACGCUGUCAGCAGGCCUCCUGAUGGAGGUCUGAAAUCCGGAGGGACAAACUCCAUGGUCUACUCUGCUGCAAGUCAAGAUGUAUCCUCAGGAGCCAAUACAUCAUACUUGCCAGCUGCAGCCAUGAAGACUUAUCCCAUGUCAGACACAGGAUUUGCCUCACACCAGCCAGAGUCAAAGCCAUUUCCACCCAGAAAAGCAACCGCAGGGCGUGUCGUUCACAUCUGCAACCUCCCUGAAGGCAGCUGCACAGAGAAUGAUGUCAUCAACCUGGGACUACCCUUUGGCAAAGUCACCAACUACAUCCUCAUGCGCUCUACCCAUCAGGCAUUUCUGGAGAUGGCAUAUGUUGAAGCAGCUCAGGCCAUGGUUCAAUACUACCAACUUACUCCAGCUAUGAUUAGCAAUCAGAAACUUCUCAUACGAAUGUCUAAGAGGUACAAGGAGCUGCAACUCAAGAAACCAGGUAAAGAUGUUCAAACGAUCAUCCAGGAUAUCAACUCUCAGCGGGAGAGGGAUGAGAUGCAAGAACUUGAACACUACAUACCAGAGAGAGCACGCUCCCGUAGCCCUAUCAGCCGCUCUCUGAGUCCUCAUUCCCAUAGCCCUAGUUUUACAUCAUGCAGCUCAGCUCACAGUCCCCAGGGGGCACCAUGCAGAGGUCCAGAGAGGAGCAACGGCUUCGGCCCCUGCCGGGGCUCUUGGGAUUGGUCAUCACACUUAAGAAGGGGUGAGGACGAAAGGGAGAGGGAUGACCCAUGGAGGAAUGGGGGAAGCGUGGAUGACGAUCGGCCUAACGGACGGGGAGCUGACCGUCGAAAGGCCUACCAGAAACCCAUGGAUCAUAUCAGCUCGAGAUCUGCAGAUGAGCGAGGAGGAGGUGAAGAUCGGAUGAGGGGCAACAGAGACUGGCACCCACGAGGCAGCCCUCAGGGGAUGUCCUUUAACACUUACAGGAACAUGGAGGACGACUUCUACAUGAAAGAACAAAUGUACAAGUCAGACAAGCCGCCCAGACCUCCGUACCAAAGGCAUGACACAAAGCCAAAGAGGAGGGAUGGUGGUGACUACCAUGGUAGGCCAAGGCAUUCUGAGUUUGAGAUGAGUGAGGAACCACUUUGCAGAACACCAGAAGAAAAGAGACAGAGUUCGCCGGGCAGGGGCAGGAGCAAAAAGACAAGCAGGAGGCACACCACUGCAGAAAAACACGAGAGAGAGAAUGCUACUGAAAAUACCGAUCGCCAGUCAAAAGAAAAAUCGGUUUCACCUCAGCAAAACAAUAAACCAAAAGAGGCUACUGAAUGUAGUAAAGAUAGAGAGACUGAGAAAGAGUGGGAAAGUGGAGUUGACACUGAUGAGGAGUGUUGGUAUCCUAAGAACAUGGAGGAACUGGUCACUGUUGAUGAAGUGGGAGGCGAAGAUGAUUCCAUUAUUGAGCCAGACCUUCCUGAGCUUGAAGAGUACGUGUCCUGCCCCAAAGAGUCUGCCCAGGAAGACGCAGUUGAGAAGCAUGAAUCACCACCUGCGCAACCCUUGGAGGAGCAGGAGACAUUUAACAAGAAGUCUAACCAGGGAGAGUCCCGCGGGGCUGCUGGAGACCAGGCUGAAACAUCUGUAACUGAGAAAGCAGAGAAUGUUUUAACUGAAACCAGUCAUGAAGAACAGAAACCCAGCCAAGUGACUCCUGAGCUGCCAACCACUAACCUUAGCGACUUCCCCAGUGAGGAGUUCAAGGCUGCACUGGAGGAGGCAUGUUUAGAGGAUAAAGUAACCAACUGUGGGCCAUCCGAAGAGCCAACGGAAAAUCACAGAGUAUUAGAGGACAGCAAGACCCAGGAAGUAGGACAGGUCACGGAAAUAAUCACAAAUGGGGCACAACUCAAGGAUGGCAUUCUUAAAAAAGAGAUGGAGGCCCCCUCACCAUCUCGUGAGCAAGACAAAGCUGUCAGUGAACACAGCAUCCCUUUGGGAGUGGAGUUCAUUGUGCCAAGGACCGGCUUCUACUGUAAACUCUGUGGAUUGUUCUAUACCAGUGAGGAGAAUGCAAAGACGAUACACUGCCGCAGCACUGUACACUACAGGAACCUACAGAAAUAUCUAUCUCAGCUGGCAGAGGAAAGUCUGUUGGACACACUUUCUGAACCCUCAGCUGCACAGUGACAUAAGCUAGACCUCUCACCUUUUGGAAAGAUUCUUGUACGUGUGAUGUUGGUGCCAGGCUAUGGUCAACUACAGCAUAGAUAAUGUGACACAUGAAAGAUAGAGUAUGUGGACAAUUGCACUGGUUUUGAUAUUUUGGGGGGAGGGACGACUGGAUGUCUAGAAUGGCAUUGAUAAUCCCAGCCAAAGAUGCUCUCAAUUUUGUACAUACCUAAAGUGUCAUGUAUAGUGAGGCUACAAUAUUUAAUUUCAAUUUGUUGCUUUUUGGCUUAUCAAUUUUCUUACUGUUUAUUUUAUUUGGUUGUGUGUGAACUAUUUUUUUAUUUUUUGGAAUGGAAAUGUAUUUGCAUUGAAGUCUAUUUAGUGAAAAGACUUAUAUAGUAUGGGUUUAUGUUAGUCUAUUUUCUGAGUUUAAAUCGAUUAUUCUCAUGAGAUAACCUCAUUUUUAAUUUGAUCUGUACAUUGUCCUAGCAACAAUGACACAUUUAUAGCUGCAAAAUGACUUGAAACAUCAGUCAAAGAACCUUAUUACUCAGUUAAAAAGCUGAGGCAGACUCUCAGGUUUGUUGUAUUUGUUGAACAGAUUUCGAUGUAUAGCACGAUAAACAACAUUUACAUUUUUAUUUAUAUCUGGGGCUUUAAAGGCUCUUGCCAUUUUUAUUUAAUUCUGUGCCAGUUUGUGCAAUACAUUAUCUGUCAGGUAAAAUGUUCAUCAUUUGGACAAAUAAUGAUGCAACUAUGCAGUCGAUCUUUAAUUUAUUGAAGUUUUACGUCAGAUUUAAUUCAUAAGAAAAUCUCAGUCAUAUCUGCCAACAUAUAAUGCCUUAAAUAUUGAAGACCUUAAACUGGACCAUGUGUUUAAUUUAUCACAGUUAAACAUGCAGUGUUUCAUGUUACAGUGAUUUGUUUCAGAAGGAUUGUAAAGCCAAACUCUGUUUUUGUAUACUGUGAAUAUUGAUCCUGUGACAUUAAUGAUAGUGUCGUUUUCAUAUGAUUUUUCAUGUGAUUUUUUUUUUG